CCGGCCCCUGGCGGUUCAGAGCUAGACCGUGAGGCGUCCGGCGGCUCGCGAGGCAUUAGAGACAUCUGCUUCGAGGCAAAGGUAUCUACAAAACUAUGGAUGCUAUAAGAACUUCACUUGAUAUUAAAGAGUACCCCGAUACUGAGGUACAGAAAAACCGAGUACUAACUCUGGAAGAAUGGCAAGAAAAGUGGGUGGAACGCAAAAUUACAUUUCAUCAAGAACAAGGACACCAGCUGUUAAAGAAGUAUUUGGAUACUUUCCUUAAAGGCGAGAGUGGACUGAGGGUAUUUUUUCCUCUUUGUGGGAAAGCAGUUGAGAUGAAAUGGUUUGCAGAUCGAGGACACAGUGUAGUCGGUGUGGAAAUCAGUGAACUUGGGAUAAGGGAAUUCUUUAUGGAGCAGAAUCUUACUUAUUCAGAAGAACCAAUCACGGAAAUUCCUGGAGCCAAAGUAUUCAAGAGUUCUUUGGGGAACAUCUCAUUGUACUGUUGCAGCCUCUUUGAUCUUCCCAGAGCAAAUAUUGGCAAAUUUGACAGGAUUUGGGAUAGAGGAGCAUUAGUUGCUAUUAACCCAGGUGAUCGUAAACGCUAUGCAGAUAUAAUGCUGUCCCUAAUGAGAAAAGGGGUUCAAUACCUCUUGAGUGUUCUGUCUUAUGAUCCAACUAAACACGGAGGCCCACCAUUUUAUGUUUCAGAUGCUGAAAUUGAAAAAUUGUUUGGUUCGGUAUGCAGUCAUCAGUGUCUUGAGAAGGUAGAUGUGUUUGAAGAACGACAUAGAAGUUGGGGAAUAGACCACCUUGUUGAAAAGUUGUAUUUACUUACAGAAAAGUAAAUGAGACAAGUAAAUACAAGCAAGUAGCAUUAAAUUUCUGAGUUUUUGAGCAAUUGAAAAUUAAGCUAAGGCAUGAAAAUAUAAUGGAUGGCCUUUGAAAAAAAUUGUUCCCAAAUUACAUCACAGUAAUGCAUGUGAUUUUUUAGAAAAACAACAUGUACUAAAAUGUUAAAGUAGCUACCUUUAGAAAGGAGAGUGUGAUUGGAGGUGAAAGAUUACACCUGGGUGUUUUACUUACAAAUUGCAAGCAUUUUUUACAAUCAGCAUGUAUUACUUCUAUAAUUAAGAAAUAACAGAGAAAUGCAAUGUAUAUAACUGAAAUAUAGACAUAGAAAAACUGUCAUUCUUUAUGAAAUUUAGAAUCAGUGGCAAAAUGUAACACUUGAAUAAGGUUUAAGUAAAAGAAAGUGAUCUAAGAAAUUAUAUAAAAUAUUAGAUUUUUCUAUAAACCUUCAGAUAAUUCUCAUCCUAGCAUUCCUUUUCACAGUUUUCUC